AUGGAAGAAAGCGUAGUUAAAAAAUAUAUUGAUCUGAUAAAUUCGUUUAAUAAGAACACUGAAUUAAUAUCAAAAAAAAAUAAUGAAAAAGAGAAAAAUGAAUUAAUUGAAAUGAUUGAAUAUUUUUCAAAUAUAUUAAUUAAAUAUUUUUACGAUGAGUUUCAAAUGGAUAAUAUCUGUAUUUCUAAAUCAGAAUUUGAUUCUGAUCAGUUAUGGUAUUUUAUUGAAUGCCUAAUAAGAGAAAAGAAACUUAAUGAUUUAUUUAAUUUUUUUAAUAAUUACGAAAAAGAAAUUAAUGAAAAAGAUGAAAAUAAAAAGAAAGAUCAAACAAAUAAUUCUAAUUCAGAAGAAGAAACUCAUAAAGAUAAGAUGAACAUCAAAAAAUAUAAAGAUGAUAAUAAUGAAAUUCUUAAAAAAAAAAGAAAGUCCAAUGAAAAUGAAGAAGGAAAAAAUGAAAAUUUUCCUAAAAAAAAAAAAGAGAAAAAUGAAGAAAAUCAAGAGAAAAAUGACGAAAAUGAAGAAAAAAAUGACGAAAAAACAGAUAUAGAAGAUAAAUUUUUUAAAUUAAAGGAAAUGGAAGAAUUUUUAGAUAAAGAAGAAAAAACAAUUUUAGAUGAUGAAUCAGAAGAAAAUUCAGAAGAUUACUUAGAUGUUAGUUGCACUGAAUAUGAUUUAAAUGAAUUCAGUUGUUCUUAUGAUGAAGCUAAAGAGUUAAAGUAUCAUGAUUUUUAUAAAGAUAAAAAAGAGAUUAAAGAAAAAAAAGGAAAAAAUGAUGAUAAAAAUGAAGUUCAAAAUGAAAGUGAAGAUGAAGAAGAUGAAAAUGAAGAAGAUGAAAAUGAAGAAGACGAAAAUGAAGAAGACGAAAAUGAAUAUGAAAAUGAAGAAGAAAAUGAAGAUGAAAAUGAAGAAGAAAAUGAAGAUGAAAAUGAAGAAGACGAAAAUGAAUAUGAAAAUGAAGAAGACGAAAAUGAAUAUGAAAAUGAAGAAGACGAAAAUGAAUAUGAAAAUGAAGAAGACGAAAAUGAAUAUGAAAAUGAAGAUGAAGAAGACGAAAAUGAAUAUGAAAAUGAAGAUGAAGAAGACGAAAAUGAAUAUGUAAAUGAAUAUGAAAAUGAAGGAGACUCAGAAGAGGAUGAAUAUGAUAACGCUGAAGAAAGUAAUACAUAUUCUAAAAAUAAGAGUAAAUAUAAUGAUGAAAAAAUUGAAAAAGAAUUAAACGAAAUGAAUGAAUUUGAUAGCAUGCAUAGUGAAACUGAAGAUUCCAGUAUGCAUGAUAUAAUGAAAGAUAAAGAAAAAAUAGAAAAGGAAUUAAUUGAAAAAAAACACUGGUCUUUAACUGGUGAAGUUUUUGGUUAUGAUCGACCAAAAAAUAGUAUUUUAAAAUUAAAAGUAGAUAUACCAAAAAUUAAUACAUAUAAUAAUAAUGAUACUUUUAUAAAUAAAACUAUUGGAAAUAUCGAUAACAGCGAUGAAAAUAAUGAAGAAUCAAGUAAAAAGAAAAAUAAUAAAAUAGCCUUAUUAACAGAAGAAAUUGAAUUAGUUGUAAAACAUCGAAUAAAAAAUAUGCUAUUUGAUGAUGUUGAAAAAAAAUGUAUUGAAGACUUAGAUUUAAAUGACGAUAAUAAUGAUGAAGUAAAUUUUGAUAAUUUAAAUUUUUCAAAAAGUAAAAUAAGUUUAGUUGAUGAAUAUACAAAAAAAUAUGAAGAAGAAAUAAAAAGUAGUCAAUCGAAAAACAAAGAAAUAAAUAUACAAAAGAUUGAAAUUAUGAAUUUAUUUAAAAAAAUAAUACAUUGUUGUGAUUCAUUGUCAAAUGACUAUUAUAUACCUAAACCAGUUUUAUUAAAUGAUAAAAAUAACAAAAUUGCUAGUUUAAAUAUAGAAGAAUGUGUACCAAUUAUUUUAUCUGAUAAAAGUAAAAAAGCACCUGAAGAAAAUUAUAAACCCAAUCAUAUAAAACAACCUAAUGAAAUGAAUAAACAAGAAAAAAAAUCACUGAGAAAAUCCAAAAAGGUAAAAAGAAAAAAAAGUUUAUUACAUCAUUUUAAGGAUAGUAAUAUAAGUGAAUUAAAAAAGAGAAAUAAUUAUCUUAUGGAAAAAAACAAAAAAGAAAAAGAAGAGAAACUAAAUAAAAUAAAAUAUGGUGUUAGUUCAAGAGAUAAGCUGUUAAUAAACAAAACAGAAAAUCGAUAUAAUUUUAAUAAAAAUAUAUCUGAAGCAAUUAAUUUUGAUAAAAAAAAAAAAAAAUAA